AUGAGCAAACAGAGCCGUGGCCUGAGGAGAGCCCCCCGUGAGGGUCUCAUCCAGCGCUUCAGGCACUGGGUCAGGGCUCAGCACAGACGCCUCAGGCCAAGUGCCCGGCGGAUCCCAAAGGGGUGUCUGUGUCUGUGUCUACAGAAUACUGAGGACGUGGAGGACCUGCCCCCCUGCUUCCCCCGUGAGAGGCCAGUGUGGCACCUCACAGAGGGAUCUCUGGAACCCGGUCCCGAAGACGGCCAGGGACGGCCACCCGCCCAGAGUCGGGCCCAAGUCAAUGUGCAGGUGCACACUGCCAGCUCUGACCCGGUGCACCAGGUUCAUCUUCCCCCGAGUGGCCUGGAGGACCUGCAGCCCCUGGAGGCCGAGCCUGAGGCUCCGGUCCCGUCUCAGGAUCCCGGUGCUGAACCUUCAGAGGAGCCAGGUGUCCGUGCAGGAGCCACGGCAGCUCCAGAGCCUGAGGAAGGCCCACCUCCAGCCACAGGGCCUCCUCCACAGGCUGCUCUAGCGCCGGGGCCUGCAUCUGGAGAGGCCCCUUCAGGGGCCCGGGAGCCGACGCGGGACCCUGCUCCUCUGCAGGCGGGGCUGACCCCCGCUGCUGUUCUGGCACCUGCACGGCGCCCACGGCCCUGUCUGGAUCCUCUGACCCGGACCAGAAAGCUGGCUCUGGAACUCUCCCUCCUAGCACCUCCCCAGCCUCUCUGUCCACCUGACCCCCUACCACAUCUUUCCUUUUCCUCCUGUGAGUGUGUUACCCUCUGGAUUUGUUGCAAUUUACUUUUUCUGUUUUAUGUUCUCUAUCAUUUUGUUUCUUUUAGAUUUUAAUGAAAUAAAUUGCUUUUUACCUUUUUGAACUGUAAGCAUCGCGGGCACUUGGUACAGUCACAGUGUGUGCAGCCGGCACCACCGUCCAGGCCAGAGCACUUCCUUCCCCAGAGCAAACCCCGUCCCAGGGCCCUCGUGCCCCAUGGUCCUCAACCCUGCCCCCAGCAAACCCCAGUCUGCUUUCUGUUCCUGCCCCUUCCUCUUAGUAUGGAUGCUUCCGAUCAAUGGAAUCAAGCAACUGGUGCCUUUUGUGUCUGCUCACAUGCUUUAUGAAGGGUCUGGCUAA